UUGCCCCCCCAACAAUAUGUGAUUCAGACAACCCCACGAAAAACCCUAAGAUUUAUUUAUUUAUUUUUCUUUUUUUGGCUAUUUGGAAAUACCCUAAAACCCUAAAAUUUCCUUCCGUUGACUUAUCUCAAAUGCAUGUUUUUUUUUGUGAAUCUCUUUUGAUUUGUUUUUGGCUCUAGGGUUCUUGAUAUAUCGGAGGGUUUUGUUUAUUUAUUUAUUUUAAAUUUAAAUGGCGAAUCAUACUGAAGGGAAGGAUUUCGUGGUGCUAUCUCGGGUAAGAACGGGUCUGAAGCGCGAAUUCGAGUUUGCUUUGAAGGUUCAAGCGGAGAUGUGUGGGUCUUUGGGUCGGACUCGGUCUAGGAAGUCACAGAAUGGACCAGCGUUGAGUCCAGGUAAGAGGAGUAACAAAAAAUUGAAGAGAGAACCUAAGGCUGAGGAAGAACCGAUAGAUUUGAUGAGUGAAGAAGAGGCCAAAAGCGACGUCGUGGAUGUGGAAGAACCGAAGACAGAGGUGGAUGGUUGUGAAGAAGAGGAGUCAAAAAGGGUUGAAGCGGGAAAGGAAGAGGAAAUUAAAAGUGUGGUCAUUGAAACAAUGUUUGAAGAUGUGGUUGGCAAUGAAGGGAAGGGAGAAAGUGAACCCGAAAAGACAAUAAUAGGUACGCUAGAUGAAAAGGAAGAGAAGGUAUCAAAAAUGGAUGUUGACAUUGGAAAGAAACAAAGUGAAUUGGAGGAUGCAACGAAGAAUGUAGAAGGGGAAAAGGGAAAGGAGGAUUUGGUGAUAAAAAGUGAGCCCUGCAAAAGGGAUUCGAGAGUGCCUUUUUUUGCUAGUUUCGAGGGUAAUAGUAAGGUAGAGGAAGUGGUGAAGCAAGAGAAACCUUUACGUACAUAUACCCGAUCCUCGUUGAAGCCAAAGGUGGAGACGGUGAAGGGAGCUGUUUUAGGAGAUGCUGUUAUUGUGAAUGCCAGUGAUGUGAAAAGUGGUCGUGAUGAUAAUGGAGUUAAAGGUGUGGAUAGUCUGAUAACGCCCGAAAUUAAUGUGUCUACUAAGUUUGUUAGAAACUUCCCUACAAAGUUAAAGGAUCUUUUUGAUUCAGGGAUGCUUGAAGGGGCAAAUGUGAGGUAUGCCCGAAGCUCAAAGGUUACAAGAAAUUCAGGAAGUAAUGAGCUUCGAGGAGUAAUCAAGGGCUCUGGAAUAUUGUGUUUUUGCAGUGCUUGCAAGGGGGUUAAUGUAGUUACUCCUACCUUAUAUGAGAAUCAUGCUGGUAGCUCAAACAAACGUCCUGCAGAGUACAUUUACCUUGAGAAUGGGCAUACCCUGCGUGAUGUAAUGAAUGCCUGCAAAGAUAGUUCAUUGACCACAUUAGAGAAUGCUCUGAGGAUGGUGAUUGGAUCUUCAAUGAAGAAAUCCAGCUUUUGUUUUAACUGUAGAGCAUCUAUUACUGAUGCUGAUUCUGGAAAACCUAUGACUCUAUGUAAUUCAUGUGUGGAUCUAAAAGAGUGUCAAGACAGCUCAAUUGAAGUGGCUGAUGGUGCUAGUGAUAGAUCACCCGGAUCAACUGUGGUUCCAAAGUCACCAAUCAGUGCUUCAAAAUGCAGCUCGUCACAAACUAAGAGUCAGGGAAGAGUAACUAGAAAAGAUCUGCGGAUGCAUAAAUUGGUAUUCGAGGAAAAUGGGUUGCCAAAUGGAGCUGAACUAGGGUAUUUUGUUCGUGGAAAGAAAAUGCUUGUUGGUUAUAAAAGGGGAUAUGGAAUACUUUGUACCUGUUGCAAUUCAGAGAUAAGCCCCUCUCAGUUUGAGGCUCAUGCUGGUUGGGCAAGUCGUCGCAAGCCUUUUCAACACAUUUACACAUCAAAUGGAGUAUCUCUCCAUGAAUUGUCAAUAUCCCUGUUGAAAAAUCAGAAGUACUCUACAAAUGAUUGUGAUGACCUAUGUAGCAUCUGUUUGCAAGGAGGGGAUCUAUUUUGCUGUAAUACAUGUCCAAGGGCUUUUCACAAAGAGUGUGUUUCUCUACCAAGCAUUCCAACUGGUACUUGGCACUGUAGAUAUUGCCAGAAUACCUUCCAAAAGGAAAAGUUUGUGGAACGUAAUGCCAAUGCUCUAGCUGCUGGAAGAGUUGCAGGAAUUGAUCCAAUAGAACAGAUAACAAAGAGAUCCAUUCGAAUCAUCAAAACUCCUGAGACAGAAGUUCCCAGCGUAUGUGUGCUAUGCAGAGGUCAUGCUUUUAGCAAAUCAGGAUUUGGUCCACGCACUGUUAUACUUUGUGAUCAGUGUGAGAGAGAGUAUCACGUGGGCUGUCUGAGGGAUCAUAAUAUGGAUGACCUUAAGGAGUUGCCAGAAGGAAAGUGGUUUUGUUGCACAGAUUGCAAUAGAAUUCAUUCUGCUCUACAGAAAUUGAUAGUUCGUGGGGAAGAGAAGCUUCCUGACUCGUCUCUGCUUGUUGUAAAGAAGAAAUAUGAAAAAAAUAGGUUGGAGAGCAAGGCCAGUCUUGAUAUAAGAUGGAGGGUUCUCAGUGGGAAAAUGAUAUCUUCUGAUGACACUAGAGUAUUGCUUUCCAAAGCUGUUGCAAUCUUCCAUGAACGCUUUGACCCUAUAAGCGACUCUGGAUCAAGUAAAGGUGAUCUCAUUCCAUCAAUGGUUUAUGGGAGAAGUGUGAAGGACCAAGAUUUUGGUGGCAUGUACUGUGCAAUAUUAACUGUCAAUCAAGUGGUGGUGUCAGCUGGUAUUUUUAGGAUAUUUGGGCAGGAGGUGGCUGAAAUUCCCUUAGUUGCAACUAGUACCGAAGGUGAAGGACAGGGUUAUUUCCAAUGCCUUUUCACUUGCCUAGAAAAGCUGCUUGGGUUCCUAAAUGUGAAAAAUGUCGUGCUUCCAGCAGCUGAUGAAGCAGAAUCCAUAUGGACAAAGAAAUUCGGAUUCAGCAAGAUAACCAAGGAGGAGCUAGACAAGUAUAGAAGAGACUACCAAAUGAUGGUCUUCCAGGGUACAUCCAUACUGCAGAAGCCAGUCCCAGAAAUUCGAUUGAUCCGUAAACCAGAGCAUGAGUGAUGAAAUUUUGAGCAUUGCAAUUGGAAAGCUACUGUUUUUUUCCCCCCUUCAAGAGUCUUCCUCCUAAAAUGUACAGGUUUUUUCUUUAAAAAAAAAAAGAAUUGUUGUGCAGGAAAUACAGGUCAAUCAAAAUUACCAUAGUACAAUUUUACCUUUGGGGUUUUGUAGCACAGAAAUGAAAAAAGAGAACACAGUGAGACAGACAAUGACAUAAACCUGGAAAAAAAGUAAUGAAUUUUGAUAAUAUGCUUGAAUAGGUUUGUUUGCA